AUGGCCGACGCUCCAGAUACAAAGGUGCCAAUUCUGGUAAGGCUGAACUCGAGGGCACGCUUGCUCAGCUAUACCGUCAAAGAGGACAUCACGGCCCCAGCCCAAUACUACCCGUACUCCAUCCCUCGAAGCAAGAAACCCGAAUCGGAAUCGACUAAUAAUGCUACUAACUUAAAUGAUACAGCUACGUCCCAUGUUGAAGAAAACGACCGAAGUAUCAUCAUAUACGGUACCAAAAAAGGACUCACAAUCCUUUACCCUCGACGCUGCCGGUUGAGUGAAGGAGCGUGUUCUCCACGAUCUAUUAACGAAGAAUCCUUUGGAACGGAUGGCGACAUAGACAUGGACGUCGAUGAGGGUGGUUCGGUCAUCCCCAGUAACUCUGAAGGCAAACUUCCCGAAGAACUCCCUCGCAAAAAGACGUACACCAAUGCUCCAAAGUACGAAUCGGACAGCGAGCCUGAGGAUUAUAGCAUCCAAAAGAAUGCACGCUUCCCAUGGAAGUUUUUAGUUGAACUUGGUAGCCCAGUCAUCGAGUUUGCGGUUCCUGGGCCCUCUCACUCUGCUCCAGAGUACAACUACCUGGAAUUCCUCCCGUGGCUGGAGAAGAUGUACCUUACAGCUAUCACCGCUGAUGGGAAAGCUCACCUCAUCAUUCUCCCAUUGCGACUUCCGCCCCCAGGUGUAUCCUCAAAUCAGCUUGGUUCGAAUGACUUUCCAGUCCAUACCAUGCUUUUGAGCCCUCGAAAACCAGGACAAAUCCGACCAAAAGGAAUAUGCGUCGAUUUUAUGCGCCGACUACAAACCCCGAAUUCGCCUUAG